AACUUCAGAACAGCUAACAGCGAGUUCUCCCAUAACACGAGUGCAUACCAGAAGACACAGAGAAGCCAUAAACGUCACCUCAUCUGGAAGAAAUAACAACAUUCAACAUUGCAAGUUUGGACAGAAAGUCCAUCUUCAGACAGAAAUAUCCCUCAAAAAGGAGAAGCGAAACCAGAAGUGAAGAUGAACCUGUUAGUCAUUGUCGCGGUCCUUGCAGCGUUCAGUGUUGAUGUGGCUUUUUCACACAGAUGGUUUAGAAAGAUUUUGCCACCUAAUCCCAAGGACAUGUGUCGGUCUGGGGAUGGGAGCAGCUACAGGGGAUUUGUUUCUGAGUCGGUAACUGAACGGAGAUGUCUCAACUGGAACAGAUUUAAUAACCUUUGGGGAGCUUCAGAGGGACUCGGCGACCAUAAUUACUGCAGGAAUCCUAACAAGAGCUUGAUGCCGUGGUGCCGUGUCCGAAGAGGAAAGAAGAUUGUGAAGGAAUUCUGUGAUAUUCCCAGAUGUGAUACACCAACAAAAGAAGCACCACUGGCUGUGGAUCCACCUGCUGUGGAUACAGAGCUGACAUGUGGUGAGAGGUCAGAGCGGAGGCUGAAUAAAAUCGUGGGUGGUUCUUUCACACCCAUAGAGUCGCACCCAUGGGUCGCUGCUAUCUUUAAGGGCAAAGACUUCCUCUGUGGUGGCUCUCUCAUCUCACCAUGCUGGGUUGUCACGGCUGCUCACUGCUUCUCUGAUAGUGACACCCGGCGUGUGUCUGUAUACCUGGGGAAGACAGCCAUCAAUGAAACAGAUGCUGACAAUGAACAGUCGUUUGCUGUGGAAAAACUGAUCAUCCACCAAAAGUACAACGAUACCAACUACGAUAAUGACAUAGCACUGUUGAAGAUCAAAGGCAGAAAUGGAAGAUGUGCUGUGAAGUCUCCAUCUACACGGACCGUGUGUCUUCCUCCACUUCACACUCAGCUUCCUGCAGGUUUUCAGUGCAGCAUUGCAGGAUUCGGGAAAGAGAGAUUCUUGGGGUCUUACUCACAGUACCUAAAACAGGCCGAGGUAAAACUGAUCUCCCAAGGUGACUGUGGAAGUAAAUCGCACUAUGAAAAUCUCAUCACUAAGAACAUGUUAUGUGCUGGGAGCCCUGACUGGAGCACUGAUGCCUGCAAGGGUGACUCCGGUGGUCCGUUAGUGUGUGAAAUGGCAGGUCGGAUGUUUCUGUUCGGGGUGGUGAGCUGGGGUGACGGCUGUGCCAGGAAGAACAAACCAGGGGUUUACACGCAGGUCACCAACUACAACAAGUGGAUCGCUUCAAAAACUGGGCUCUCCAAAUACACAUCAGGAAUCAAGUAUCCCCAAAAAUGAAGCUGUGAAAGAAAGUCACCUGUUGGGCAUUUUAUUGUUUAAAGGCAGCAGUUUUGUAGGCUCUGAGUGUAUGUAGGCAUGUUGCUAGUUUGGUUUCAAGAGUAGCUGAUAUUGCUAUUAAUAUACAGUGACAAUUGUUUUGCACAGUAAAGAUUUAUUGCAAUAGUUCAAAUUUAAUGUAUUUUAAAAUAUUAAUAAAUAAUAAUAUUUAAUAAUAUAUAAUAUAUAAUAAUAUUUUAUUGUAAAUAGUAUGUGCUACUUUUCUUACUACUUGUGCAUAAACUUUUCGUACCAAGAGUAUGGAUUUUUAAAACAAGCUUAAAAGUUUAUUUAUCUAAUUUAAUUUAAUAAGCAUUUCCUUUUGUAGAAGGCUGGUCCUGCUGUUAAGCUUCUUUUUGUUUUUAAAGUAAAUAAAAUAUUUAUAUUACAUA